CGAAGAACCGCACUCGAAAACGAAGCGAAUGCACUUUGUUCCUGUACAGUCCCAUUAACUUGGGUCAGACAGUAGUUAAUUAGCUAUUAGUUAGUUGCUGGUUAGUUUGUCACGGUUCGCUGCUGUAUCGAGAAACGAAACAAGGAGAAGAGAAAGACGCGACUGCGAGGAAGAUCGACGCAAUGCAGCAUAUGAUGCUAUGUCUGGUGGCCGCGGUGGUCCUAACCGCAUGUCUAACGAUGCCGGGGCAAGCGGUCCCGUCGCAUCAGUUCAACGAGCUAGGCAGCCAAGAGGUAGAGGCCGAUACGGCUGUGGUCAUGGAUGAGGCCACAGAUCCGAACCAGCCUGAUCGGCUGCUCGCUAUCUACAACUACAUCAAGCAGCUUGUUCAUGGAGUGACUGGUGGCGACGAGCCCGGCAAAGUAGACAUGUACAACAAAAUCAAGGAUCACAUGGAGGAGACAUACGCUGUUCAGGGGCCUAGUGAUCCUAGCGACCUCGAGGAAGAAGCCGAAUUUGAACGGCUAUGCGAGACACGAUCCCAGUGGACACUUCUCAAUCGGACCGUGAACACCGACGGUGAUCCCGUGGAAAUCGUGCACGACAUCUACAAGCAGUGGUACCAUUACACCCAGUGUGUUCAUGCGGAUCGACCCUGUGCAGCGGUUAACGAAAGCGCUUUUGAAAGUCAGUGCGUCCAGACGGAAGGCUUUCAACUAAUGUAUGCUCGAUCCCUAACGACGGUUGACACCCGGCCAAGCUUCAUGUUCGUCGCGGUGCCUAGGGACUGUGUUUGCAAGGCAGCGCUUCGCAAGAAAGCCACAUCUAAACGAGUUUAAAGCGCUGAAGUAACAACUCGCCAUCAAUAGGGGUAGGAGUUGUACAUCGUAAUUAAGCAACAGUCAAUUAAAUUUCGACGAAUCUUUCUGCAACUCGGAAACUUGGUCUCUUACUCUCUACGAGAGCAUGUACUCUCAACGCCGCUAUUUAUUUUCUGAAUCAUAUAUCUAGCGCUAUAAGACUGAGGCUCCGAUCGCCUUGUCCCCAAAUCACAAUGAAACUAGCUCCCCCUCCAACUGUGAGCGAUUAAACAGCAGCAGCAGCAGCAGCAGCAGCAGCAGCAAUCAUUAGCCAUAAAAGGGACGAAGAGAAAAAGACCAGAUCACAUAAUUGCGUCACGAGUGUGCGACGAUUCCACGGUGUAGAAAUUGUGUAUAUAGAGAUAGAUAAUAUACAAAAAAACGUCCUAUUUAUUGUUACUUUAACUUACUGUUACGAUCUGCGGCGCACGAUGUUGCCCAAUGAGCUAAUUGGUGUAUUAGAGGUAACAGUAAUGUAUGUAGGUAUAUACAUUAAGUUAAUAAAUAACUAUUAUUGUAUAUUCGUAGCAAGCGCUAAACCCAUGUUCUAAUUUUGUCUUACAUCCUCUCAUGCCUCAUGCGGCCUUUCUAGGUCAAAAUUCACUGAGUUAAAUUUUCCACGAGUUGCAUAAUAAACUAAAGGGUUCGAUAUUUCUAUGAAUAGCAGCGAUGGUAGUGCGAAUUUAUGGCUGCUCAUGGACAUUUUGAAGCGCUUUAGGGUUUGAGUGAUAGUUUUGUUAUUAUCUAUAAACAUUUGAAUCUAACGAUACCGCAUAACGUGUGCCUAAGAUUCGAUGGCGGGUAUUCGUACCCUAAAUACGACUAGCUCUGUGUUUUACGUUUUUUUUCAAAACGUAUCCAACUAUGUUACAUCUUCAAUUAGAUAUAUGAAUAAAUUGAGUUCAUUGUU